AUGAUAGUGACGAGCUUGUACACGACGCUGCUGUUGUCAGUGGUAUUAGUGGAGAACCCCGUGCAUGCAGAGGUCAAGUCCAGGUCAGACAAUACAUGCCGCUCAGCUGGUGUGCUUAAAUUUGACCUAAACACGCAUCCCAUGCAACGCACGAAGGGUAUGGAAGUCUGUAGCAAGUAUCGCAAGAGCACGUGCUGCAAUGCCACACAUGGGCAUGCUCUCCGGCUGAAAAUUCGCGAGCCGGUGGUGGCCCAAUUCAGCCGCAAGUGUCAAGCUCUCACGGAAGAAAUGACCUGUUCGUCGUGUCAUCCUCUCAUGGGUACAUGGGAGAUGAAAAACGUGUGCCCGAGUCUGUGUAAUGACUGGUAUAAAGUCUGUAAAGACGAAUACUAUGCUCACAGUGGAGCUGGUACGUUGACUCCUUGUUAUGGCAACGCGCUGGUGUGCUCACCGCUCAAGGCGAUCACCGACAAUGGCGCAAAUUUCUGCGUCUACAUGGGCUUCCACGUGGGCAGCGAAGCGGAUGCCGAGGGCAUCGACUGCUUUGACGGAUCUGUUCCGGAGAUGAUAGGUGAAGUCGAGCCUACUGAACCAUUGCAAGUACGUCUGCAGCGUAUGCUGGAAGAGGAGGCUGAGAACCCUUCAGGACUGUUCAUCGCGGGCGUCUUUAUUCUCAUCACGAUGGUAUUGAUGGGACGCAGGCUCGUGAGGCAGAUUGGCGACCCAUUUGGCGGUGACCAACUCAGCCUCGAGGAGGUACGUCGUGUACAACAAGAGCGCUAUGAACGUGGUGAACAAAUGUACGACGACGAGACCGACAGCAGCAGCAACGAAGAGAUGGAGCUGCGGCCAACUAUUAACCAAGAGAUUGAUGAGACUGAAAAUAACACUUCGGGUACCUCAUAA